UUUCUACCAUCCUCCGUGAUUCUCGUUACAAAACCUCAUCAAUUGUCAAGCGACGCCAGACAACUGGUCGCGUGCACCGUGAACGAUUUGUGUGCCUAAGAAAAAAGGCGGGCGGCGGUCAAGGAAGGGUUUGUGUGCUUAUCGCUAUCAACGAAAGGCCCGCGCACAGAUGCAGCGCUAGACAAGCCGAGCUCCAUGAUUCUCACCCCAGACUCUUUCGCAUUGGGUUUUUGGAGCCGCGGAAUUUUGGCAGUCAAGUGAGUCAACUGUGACUGACCGAGACCUUUUCUUUCUGUACCACUGUGCUUUUCUUCUCCCAUUUCAAGGCCUCCCAAGAGCGCCGGGGAUUCACUCCAUCUUCCUCUCUUUCAUUCGCAACCAUGGCUCUCGGCGCGUGUGUUGCUCGCCAGCUGCAACAAGAGCUCUCCCGACACACUCGAUUGGCCGUGCCGCGCAUAGCCCGUCGCACUUUUCUUUCCCAGAGCCCGGCCGUCGCUCGUUGCAACACAUUCGCUCGCUCCAGCAGGUCUCCAGCGAAGCAAUUGCGACAGUUCUCCCGAACAACUGGUUUGUUGGCGACCAGCAAGGCUGAUGUUGCUCCCAAUGCCAAGGCAUACCUCGAGAGCGGUGUCAUUGCUGGUGCCCAAGAUCUCAUCGAUGUCAAGAAGGUCCUCGUGAUCGGCUCUGGAGGUCUUGCCAUCGGCCAGGCCGGUGAGUUCGAUUAUUCGGGUUCACAAGCUCUCAAGGCUCUCAAAGAAGCUGGAAUUGCUUCGGUCUUGGUCAACCCCAACAUCGCUACCAUUCAAACCUCACACGCCCUCGCCGAUGAGGUUUACUACCUGCCCGUCAACCCAGAAUAUGUGACUUACGUCAUCGAGAGGGAGCGACCCGAUGGUAUCUUCUUGUCCUUUGGUGGCCAGACCGCACUGAACUUGGGUGUGCAAAUGGAGAAGAUGGGAAUCUUCAAAAAGUACGGCGUUCGCGUUCUUGGAACCAGCAUCAAGACCCUCGAGACCAGUGAGGAUCGUGAUCUCUUUGCCAAGGCUCUGCAAGAAAUCAACAUUCCGAUCGCAGAGAGUAUCGCUGUAGAGACCCUCGAUGAUGCUCUCAAGGCCGCCGACAAGAUUGGUUACCCAAUCAUUGUUCGCGCUGCCUUUGCUCUCGGUGGUCUCGGAUCCGGCUUCGCAGAUAAUCCCGAGGAGCUUCGGGAUCUUGCUGCGCGAUCGCUCACCCUUUCUCCUCAGAUCUUAGUCGAAAAGUCCCUCAAGGGCUGGAAAGAGGCGGAAUAUGAGGUCGUCCGGGACGCUUCGGACAACUGUAUCACAGUUUGCAACAUGGAGAACUUCGACCCACUUGGAGUCCACACCGGAGACAGUAUCGUCGUUUCGCCCUCUCAGACCUUUAGUGAUGAGGAAUACCACAUGUUGCGAACUGCGGCCAUCAAGAUUAUUCGCCAUCUUGGUGUUGUCGGAGAAUGUAACGUGCAGUACGCUCUACAGCCUGACGGACUCGACUACAGAGUCAUUGAGGUCAACGCUCGGUUGUCCCGUUCUUCUGCUUUGGCUUCAAAAGCUACUGGUUAUCCUCUUGCGUACACCGCUGCGAAGAUCGGUCUCGGCCACACACUUCCAGAGCUGCCCAAUGCUGUCACUCGCACUACAACUGCUAACUUCGAGCCGUCUCUCGAUUACAUCGUCACCAAAAUCCCUCGAUGGGACUUGUCAAAAUUCCAGAAUGUCAACCGCUCGAUCGGAUCCAGCAUGAAGUCAGUCGGAGAAGUCAUGGCCAUCGGACGAACUUUCGAGGAAAGUUUUCAAAAAGCUAUCCGCCAGGUUGACCCCAAAUUCGUCGGCCUGCAGGGUGACAAGUUUGAGGAUCUCGAUGAAGUGCUCAAGAACCCUACUGACCGCCGAUGGCUGGCUGUCGGCCAGGCCAUGCUUCACGAAGGAUACACCGUUGAUCGCGUUCACGAGCUGAGCAAGAUUGACAAGUGGUUCCUUUACAAGAUUCAGAACAUUGUCGACUGCACACAUGAGCUUCAGGAUAUCGGCUCGCUGUUUGGUGUGAAGAAGGAGCUGAUGAUGAAGGCGAAGAAACUCGGAUUCAGCGACAAGCAGAUUGCGCUUGCGGUCAACAGCACUGAAGAUGAGGUUCGCGCUCGCCGAAAGAACUUUGGCAUCAAGCCUUGGGUCAAGAAGAUCGACACACUCGCCGCAGAAUUCCCUGCAGACACCAACUACCUCUACACAACAUACAAUGCGUCAAGUCACGAUGUCACUUUUGACGACCACGGAAUCCUUGUGCUCGGCUCUGGUGUUUACCGAAUUGGUAGCUCCGUCGAGUUCGAUUGGUGCAGUGUGUCCACUUCGACCGCAUUGAGGAGCCAAGGCAAGAAGACUGUGGUCAUCAACAACAACCCGGAGACGAUGUCCACCGACUUCGAUAUGGCUGACAAGCUGUACUUUGACGAGCUGAGCUACGAGCGUGUCAUGGAUAUUUACGAGCUGGAAUCUGCAUCUGGUGUGGUCGUAUCUGUUGGUGGUCAGCUGCCGCAAAACAUCGCACUCAAAUUGCAAGAAAGCGGUAAAGCGAAGGUACUCGGUACCGAUCCUAAGGAUAUCGACAAGGCCGAGGACCGUCACAAGUUCUCUCAGAUCCUCGACUCCAUCGGUGUGGACCAGCCAGCGUGGAAGGAGCUCACAAGCUACAAGGAUGCCCAAGCUUUCGCCAAUGAGGUCGGCUACCCUGUGCUCGUCCGUCCCAGCUACGUGCUUUCUGGUGCCGCCAUGACGGUCAUUCGAAGUGAGGACGAGCUCGAGGAGAAGCUUGUCGCUGCUAGCAGUGUCAGCCCCGAUCACCCUGUCGUCAUCACUAAAUUCAUUGAAGGGGCCAAGGAAAUCGACGUUGAUGCCGUUGCCUCUGGUGGAAAGCUCCUCGUCCACGCCGUCAGCGAACACAUCGAAAAUGCUGGUGUCCACUCCGGUGAUGCCUCUCUCGUCCUCCCGCCCACGAGCCUCCCCCAGAGCACAAUCGACCGCGUCAAGGAAAUCGCCCAGAAGGUCGCCAAAGCUUGGUCAAUCACUGGUCCCUUCAACAUGCAGAUCAUCUCCGCUACUGACCCUGAAGGCGGCGAGGAUCAGCUCAAGGUCAUCGAAUGUAACCUCCGCGCCUCCCGAUCCUUCCCCUUCGUCAGCAAAGUUUUGGGUACCAACUUCAUCGAUGUGGCCACUCGCGCUCUGCUUGACAAGGAUGUCCCUGAACCCGUUGAUCUCAUGACCGAGAAGCGAGACUACCUUGCCGUCAAGGUUCCGCAAUUCUCAUGGACUCGUCUCGCUGGUGCUGACCCUUACCUCGGCGUCGAGAUGGCCAGUACUGGAGAAAUGGCUUGUUUCGGAAAGGACCUCGUCGAGGCCUACUGGACCGCGAUGCAGAGCACCAUGAACUUCCGCUUGCCCGUUCCUGGCGAAGGCCUCCUCUUUGGAGGUGACGUCGAGACCCCUGACCUUGCCAAGAUCGUCGACUUCCUGCAACCGCUGGGCUUCAAGCUGUACGCUGCCAACGAAAUCGUCAAGCAACACCUCGAGAGCGCCUCUACUGCCCAGGGCGUCUCAGUCGAGGUCAUUGAAUUCCCCAAGCAGGACAAGCGACUGCUCCGCGAAGUGUUCGAGAAGUACAACAUCCGCGGUGUCUUCAACCUGGCUAAGAGAAGGGCCAGCUCAAUGGUCGAUGAGGACUACGUCAUGCGCAGAAACGCCGUCGACUUUGGUGUCCCACUUUUCAUGGAGCCUAGGACUGCUGUGCUGUUCGCUCAGUGCAUGAGCGAGAAGCUUCCAAAGAAAGAGGGUAUCCCGGCCGAGGUGCGCCGAUGGAGCGAGUUCAUCGGCGGCAAGCCUUUGUAAAGCAAAUUCGUGAUCCACUUAUCCGGACCAGCUCGGGCUCUAACAGAUCACUCUCGUUGGAGCCUGAUCACUGGAGAAGAAUUUGGAGACGGAUGGAACGGGCAUUGUAUAGGUCGCCCUGGCGUUAAUUUACUUAUGGUUGCGUAUGUGCGUGCGUGUGAGCAAGAUGGAACUAUUAGAUGAAUUAUAAGCGUUAAAAAAGACUCACACGAUCUUCCGCC